GGUGGCGGCCGACGCCUGGAGCCCGGCACGGCCUGAGGGGGCGCUCGACCAUGCCAGGCUGUGCCCAGGCCCCUGCCCAGCCGCCCGCUGCCCAUCCCGGCCGGCGCCAUGGGAGGAUGCUUCUCGAAGCCCAAGCCAGUUGAAGUGAAGAUUGAGGUUGUGAUACCUGAGAAGGAGAGGAGCAAGGAGGAGAUGUCUCCCAACGGCAGGGCCAGCCCCCUGGUCUACAAAGUCAACGGCACUGCCCGGCACUACCACCUGGAGGAGCAUCCCAUCGCCAGCAACCCCUUCCACAACCCCAGGGAUGUGGUGGAAGCUGCUGUGUGCCACGUGAAGGACCUGGAGAACGGGCAGAUGCGGGAGGUGGACCUGGGCUGCGGGAAGGCUCUGCUCAUCAAGGAGAGCGGAGAGUUCCACGCCGUGGGACACAAAUGCCCCCACUAUGGGGCUCCCCUGGUCAAAGGGGUUUUGUCCAGAGGAAGAAUUCGCUGCCCCUGGCAUGGAGCUUGCUUCAACAUCACCACAGGAGACAUAGAGGACUUCCCUGGCCUGGACAGUUUACCCAGGUUCCAGGUGAAGAUCGAGAAGGAGAAGGUGUACAUCCGAGCCAGCAAGCAGGCUCUGCAGGCACAGAGGAGGACGAAGAUGAUGGCCAAGUGCAUCGCCCUGAGCAACCACAACCUGAGCAGUACCAACGUGCUGAUCAUCGGGGCAGGGGCAGCCGGGCUGGUGUGCGCGGAGACGCUGCGGCAGGAGGGCUUCUCGGACAGGGUUGUGAUGUGCACCAUGGACAGGCACCUGCCCUACGACAGGCCCAAGCUCAGCAAGUCGAUGGAUUCCCACCCGGAGCAGAUCGCCCUGCGCCCCAAGGAGUUCUUCUGCAGCUAUGACAUCGAAGUCCUGACUGAGAUGCAGGUUGCAGCUGUGGACAUCAAGAACAAGACAGCUGUGUUCAAGGAUGGCUUUAAGAUGGAAUACAACAAGCUGCUGAUCGCCACUGGGAGCACGCCCAAAGCUCUCAGCUGCAAAGGCAAGGAGGUGGAGAACGUCUUCAACAUCCGGACGCCCGAGGAUGCCAACCGCGUGGUGAAGUUGGCCACCAGCAGGAACGUGGUGAUCGUGGGGGCAUCCUUCCUGGGGAUGGAGGUGGCUGCCUACCUCGCCGAGAGAGCUCACUCCGUGUCCGUGGUGGAGCUGGAGGAAGUCCCCUUCAAGAAGUUCCUCGGGGAGAGGGUCGGCCGUGCCGUGAUGAAGAUGUUCGAGAGCAACAGGGUGAAGUUCUACAUGCAGACAGAGGUGUCGGAGCUGCGGGAGCAGGAGGGCAAGCUGAAGGAGGUGGUGCUGAAGAGCGGCAAGGUCCUGCGGGCUGAUGUCUGCGUCGUCGGCGUGGGUGCAGUGCCAGCAACCAGCUUCCUCAAGCAGAGUGGCAUCAACAUCGACUCCAAGGGCUUCAUCGUGGUCAACAAGAUGAUGCAAACCAACAUCCCCGGAGUCUUCGCCGCCGGCGACGCCGUCACCUUCCCCCUGGCCCUGAGGAAUAACAAGAAGGUGAAUGUCCCCCACUGGCAGAUGGCUCACAUGCACGGCCGCGUCGCCGCGCUCAACAUGCUGGCCCACGGCGCGGAGCUGGGCACCGUGCCCUACCUCUGGACGGCCAUGUUCGGCAGGAGCCUUCGCUACGCCGGCCACGGGGAAGGGUUCGAUGAUGUUGUCAUUCAGGGGGAUUUAGAUGAACUGAAGUUUGUGGCAUUUUAUACCAAGAGUGAUGAAGUGGUGGCUGUGGCCAGCAUGAACUACGACCCCAUCGUGUCCAAGGUUGCUGAGGUCCUGGCUGCCGGCAGGGCCAUCCGAAAGCGCGACGUGGAGCUGUUUGUCCGUCACGGCAAAACGGGAGACAUGUCCUGGCUCACUGGGAAAGGCUCCUAACUCCGCCGCUGGCCGUGCCCUCCGGAUGCCAGGCUCGCCACGGGAGGCAGACGGGAGGGCAGCUCCGCGGGGACGCAGGGGCACCGCGGCUUCGAGAC